AUGGCUGAGGUUUUGCGAAUAGCUGUGCAGGGAUGUGCUCAUGGUGAGCUUACCACGAUUUACAAGUCGAUUGAAACCCGUUUCGAGUCUGCAUUGCCAGAUUUGCUGAUAAUUCUGGGUGAUUUCCAAUCUUUGAGAGAUGAGCAGGAUAUGGCAUCGAUUGCAGUGCCGGACAAGUACAAGAAAAUGGGUGACUUUUACAAGUACUACACCGAGGAGCUCACUGCUCCUGUACCAACAGUUUUCAUAGGUGGUAAUCACGAAUGCAUGCGAGGGCUUGCAGAGCUGCCGUUUGGAGGAUUUGUCGCCAAAAACUUGUAUUAUAUGGGUUACAGUGGAUCAAUUGUGGUCCAGGGCAUCGAAAUCAGCGGUCUUAGCGGUAUCUACAAACGUCAUGACUUUAACACUAUCCGUCCCUCACUUAAACAGAUAGAGCUAGAAGGCUGGGGAAAUUACGUGCGAAACCUAUAUCAUGUUCGAAAAUCAGACGUCUUACCGCUGUUCAUGCUCAACCACACCGACAUUAUGCUCAGUCAUGACUGGCCAAAUGGGGUGGUUCACCACGGUGACACUAAGAAGCUUUUGAAGCUUAAACCGUUCUUUAAAGACGACGUCAGGAAAAAUGAGCUAGGAAGUCCAGUGAGCUGGCAACUUCUGAGAAAACUGAUGCCCAAAUGGUGGUUGAGCGCACAUCUACACGUCAAGUUUGAGGCAGAAGUUACCAGUAACAAGAGAGCUUUGGAGGAGAAAAAUCCUGAGGAGAUUGACUUGGACCUGGACCUAGAUCUCGACAACUCGACAUCCACACCAGAGCCCAAGACCACCAAAUUCCUAGCGCUAGACAAAUGUGGACGAAAUCGCAAACACUUGGAAAUGAUAACAGUCAACGUGAAUUCUAGUCAUCCAACUUUCCAUCAGGAUUAUCUGAGGAUCUAUUUAAAUCCGGAAUUCUUGGCGAACCGUGAAUUUCUGAGCAAAGAGCCCCAGACUGGAAGAUUAGAGGACAUCGACUUUGACAGAUUACGCGAACAGCGCGGGGAAGUGGAGAGUAUCAACUGGGAGGACUACAUACUUGAGGAAUCUGGCAGAAAGGCAUAA